CGGGUAAAUCCAGACCAUAGAGCUAAGAGUAUCACCGCCGAUAUAAAUAUCGCUGAUAAAGAGAAAUGUUAUCUUUUGUUGCGUGUCAGUACAACUCAAUACUUGCCUUUGUUUAGAUCCAAAUUGCUGAUGUACCUAUAGUCUGGUAAUUUGAAACAAACUUUACUCAUUCUCUCAGUGGAUUCAAUUCAAUGUGUUGAAGUUAUAUUGUUAAACGUCAGUUAUGGGUGCGGAACAAUCAAAUGAAAGGAAAAAGACCACGCCGCCGAAGUUAUCUGAAGAGCAGGUAAAGCGCCUUUUGGAGUCACAGAGGAAGAUUUACGAAGAGAAAUGUCGGGAACUUAUGAAACAAGUUUCAGAACAAAAGUCAAAAGAAGAAAAGGCGCUGCCAGACAAGGGGAACACAACAGCGGCGGCGAACGCGUCGCAUGUAACACAACAACCUGCAAACGUGCAGCCUUUGUACCCGCAAAUACAACAACAAUUCAACCACCCAGUCAACCCUAAUAUUCAAGUGCAACAAACAGCACAUACACAACCUGUGUACUCAAACCCUGGUCUCCCCCGACAAGGGUAUCCUCAACAGCAUCUAAUGGCGCUUAACGCGAACCUACCACAUUUACAGCAGUCGGUUUACCAGCAGCAGGGCGCUUACCCCCAGCCGCCCAUGCAACAGGUGUAUGGUCCACAGCACCUUCCCCCACAGCCUCUAAUUCCGCAACGGCCUCUGAUCCCGGAGCGACCCUCGCAGCGCGUGGUCCCACAGGCGCAAACGCCACAACCUCAAGCAGCGAACACGUUCAAUGCAGAGCAGCCUAAUCUUCGGAGGCCUCUGCCCGCAAUACCUUCCGCUCCUCCAGAAACUAGGUCGUCCACGAGGAGUCCGGGUAUUUCGACUGUCGAGUUUAAAAACUCGAGCGUCAGUCACGAGCUGGACUGCGCGACUUGCGGCGCGCCCCUCGGCGUGGGCAUCUUCCGCUGCAGCCGCGGCCACAACUCCUGCAUCAACUGCAAGAGGAGCGGCCAGCGCUGCAAGAUCUGCUUCCAAGCCAUCCUCAACGUGAGGAACUACGAUCUCGAACUAAAAGCGCAACAGAGGAAAGUGCCAUGCCCCAACAAAGAAGAUGGCUGUAAUGCCUUUGUAAAACAAUCAGAAAUGGAAAUUCACACAGCAAAGUGCCCGUUUCAGCCGCAAAAGUGUCCUCUAUCGUCUGUAUUUGGCAACUGCGAUUGGACAGGUCAAUUAAAUCAAAUGUCGGGGCACUUCAAAAGCCUCCACCCGUCACAACGCCAGACCAACGUGGACACGGAGCUGCAGCUUCAGAACGUCACCAAGAACAGCCGGCAGCUGGUCCUGGUCGUACUGGGCGUGUACAACUUCGUGCUCCAUGUUAAAGUCUCGGAAUCCGAACGGAACAUAUACAUGGCCGUCCAACUCAUAGGCACAAAAAACAGUGCCGAAAAAUGGAACUACGAGAUCCACGUCUAUAAUAAAAACGAAGCCAUCAGGAAAUACACAUAUUUUGAUACUUGCAACUCCUCUACCGAAUCCGUGGACAAGGUAUUCCAACAGCGAAAAUGCGCAGUGUUGCCAUUCGCAUACGCUAACUCUUUUGUCAACAAAGGCGUCAUAACGUACAAAGUUUACAUAAAAAAGAUUGAGGACCAAAACGAGAAGCCUAAGCGUGUAAGAACACGCAACCAGAACAAGACAGACGCAAUGUAAGAAA